AUGGAUAACACCAGCUACGACCCAACCUCUAUCCCCCCUAUCCCCCACCGGUACCGAAACCUACAAACCCCUGAGCCUCACCCGCGUCGCCGCUCUCUUCCACCACCAUCGCGCCGCGCCGCCGAUACCGUUCCCAGUUCGCCCGAGGUCAUUUCGUCCCUAAUCACCAGCCUCUCGGUGAUAUCCACGCCAGCCGACAACCACUUUGAGCGCAGCCAGCCGAGCUUGUCCCUGCCCGUAUCCCCUCGCCAAGGUAGCUUUGGAGUCGACUACGGCGCCUUCCAUCAACCCUCGCUCGAGAACCUCCGCGGCGACAACAACGUUCCCCUAGACGAAGUCGCCGCUGCCGCCCCUGUUAUCCGGACCGCCAAACCCCCUUCUGGCUUGUCGCCCCUAACCGCUCCCAAAUCUCCCGCCCGCGACGCUUCCGGUGGCCUCAAGUCUCUGCUACGAAGUUCCUCGAGACCCUCUUCCAAAGGCUCACUUGGUUCGCGGGACGAUGCGCAGAGCAUAGGCAAUCUUUCGAUAGAACGUGGUUCUGCGCCGACCCCGGAACUUAGGCGUCAAAGCUCCUUCGACAGCUGGGGCAAGAAGCAAGGCAGAAGCCAUAGGGGCUUGAUGUAUAUGAGUUCCAAGGAGCGACUGCGAGAAAAGGAAGAAAAGAAGCGUGCAAGCAUCGGCGAUCGUAGUUCCAGCAGCUUCACGGGAGCCUCCCUCCGUCCAGAUCCUUUUCUCGCCGAGACGCCCAUUAGCGAAGAGCCCGCCCACAGCCCGGAAUCGCCCACGCGGGAAAGCCCCCGUAAACUCGAAAUGGCGAGCCCGAGCCUGGAUCCAGCGGCCAGCCCGAGACCGAUCCCCGCCAGGGAUUCAUCACUCUUCAAAACGGGAGCCAAUGCCAAGAGGACGUCGACAAGGUCCUCGAGAUCCAAGAGAGAGAGUGGGAACGGCAACAACGACAUUAUAUUUGAGGGAGAGGAGCAGAUACCCUUGGGUGAGGUACCGCGGCGGAAGCACUUGUCUCGCCACGCUUCCGAAAACGAUUUGGCCAGGGUCUCGGCCGACACAUCCGUCCGGUCUUUCAGCCGCCCAUUGUUUCAAUCCAGACACACCGAAGACUUCCGGACACGUGGGCCGUUGGUUGAAGAGGAUGUCGAAGACAGCGCGCCGUUCCCCGCUGUCGCUCAGGGCCGGCGUCGUGAGGAGCAGAUCGCCGACAGGAACCGACGGAAACCAGGACGUGAUACGCCCGAAGCAGGUGAAGCCAUCAAGAUGAAACGCAGCAGCUCCAGGCUCAAGCGGCUUUCGCAGCCGUUGAGCCCCAAAGGAGAGGAGUCGGCCAGUUCGCGCAAUUCUGCUGCGUCACCGGAUCAUCGCAACAGCAUGCCCGCCGGCUAUGAGCGCCCUCGCAGUGCAGACUCCAUCGACGAUGCCGUCGAGUCGUAUCUGUGCUCACCUCGAUUAUCGCAAAAGAUUCGACAUCCGCAGACCGGCCGAGUGAUUUCCUUCUCCGAGGUGGGAGACGCGGAUGGCUCUGCCGUAUUCUGCUGUGUGGGUAUGGGGUUGACGAGAUACAUCACGGGCUUUUACGACGAGCUCGCGUUGACGCUCAAGCUACGUCUCAUCACCCCCGACAGACCCGGCGUGGGUGACAGCGAAUCGUACGCUGAUGGCACCGCGACGCCGCUCAGCUGGCCCGACGACGUUUACGCCAUUUGCCAAGCUCUGAAGAUUACCAAGUUUUCGAUUCUUGCACACUCCGCCGGCGCCAUCUACGCGCUGGCGACUGCUCUCCGAAUGCCUCAGCACAUCCGUGGAAAGAUCCACUUGCUUGCGCCGUGGAUUCCGCCUUCGCAGAUGAACGUCUUUGGCACGUCGCAGGCGCUUCCUCCGACCAACGCGAUUCCGACUUCGCAACGUAUUCUGCGAGCGCUCCCGGCGACGUUUUUGAAAGCUGCCAACAGCUCUUUUAUGUCGGCGACGAGUAGCUCAAUCACCAGCUCGCUGCCGAAGAAUCCUAGGCGAAGCAAGCGCAAAUCCACUGUCACUACUGGCCGGGACACCCCAGCGACGCACGGGAGCAAGCGAGACACCACACCCCACCUCGACAAGGAAAACCUCGGCUUGUACGACCAAACCAGCGCAGGCGACGACCUAUCGGGAAGACCUGCGCAGACAGCCAUGGAGAACAUGGAUAGGAUAAGGCCGACGGGCACAGCCUCGGCGCAGGGUCACUAUGAUGCCGAUGCGCAUGCCAUGGCCGCGGCAUCGGAUGCAUUGAUGGACAAGGAGCGCCAGACAAUUUACGACACUCGACUGACGCACGCCAUCUGGGAGCUGGCGACAACUGGCGCCAACCCUGCCGUCGACUUGUUGGUCUGCCUGGAGCGCAGACACACCAUCGGUUUCCGAUACGUGGACAUCACACGGCCCGUCGUGAUCCACCACGGCAGCCGUGACACCCGGGUGCCGGUCGACAAUGUCAAGUGGCUCGGCAAGACGAUGAAGCGAUGCGAAGUCCGCGUUCUCGAGGGCGAAGGCCAUGGCCUGAUGGCCAGCGCGGGUGUCAUGGGCGCCGUCCUCAUGGAAAUUAGCAAAGAAUGGGACGACUGGCUGCGUGCCACGUCCAAGAAGGACGACCGCGGUCGGAGAACCGGUACGCGAUAG